CCAGACUAUCAGCCAUUAGUAGAUAAUAAAAGAAUAAUAGAGAAAUUACAAGAAAGAAUAACAUUAAUGAAUAUGGAACUAAUGACUGAAAGAGAGCACAAUGAGAAGAUUAUAAAAGAUAUUAAAGAUUUGAAAGAGAUUGAGGAUGAGAAGAGACAGAGAGAAAAGAAACAAAAAAUUGAAGAAGAAAUACUUGAAUUCUCAUUAUAUUGUAAUCAUCCUGUUACUGGUGAAUUAAUGGAGUCAAAACUUAAAGUUCAUAAAGAUGAAUUACUACCCAGUGUACUGGAUAAAGCUUAUGAGUUAAUAGAAUUAGCUCCUCAUAUUCCUAUUGACAGAUGCCGUUUAGUUGAAUAUGAUUAUAAGAAUAAAGUAAUGGGACAAUCCUUUCAUGAGUUUCAACAUCAAACUAUUGGACAGAUUGUAGGUAGGGCUGGAGAUUAUUGCUUAUUCUUAGAAACUCGUACAGAAAAUGAAACCUUUAAGAAAUAUAAUUAUGGAGGUAUUAAUCUAAAGGUAUCAGUGGUUGAUCUGUCAACUGGUGAAGUAGGACCAGCUAAACUAGUGAGAGGAGAGCUAGGUUGGACUGUUGAAGAAUUAAAAGAACAUAUAGGAGAAUUACUUAAUAUCAAAUCAUCAUGUAUGAGAAUAGUAUUGGAGGAGGAUUACAGGAGUGAUUCAGUCCAUGAUAUUAGUGAUAUAGGAGACACUCUAAGAGACAUACUCAUCAUUAGUCCAUAUAUAUACGAACAAUUGUAUGUAUCAUCAGAUCCUAAAGAUUAUCAAAAAGAAUUCAAAAAUAGUUUGAUGUACAAAUAUGUUGAUUUUCACGUCAGCUCAAUAUUACUGAACAUUAUUCUACCUCCGGCUCCUGGACCUGAAGCCACACCCACUACAACUAUUGUUACUAAAAGAGGAAUAAUAAUGAAAAUUAUAUCAAUGAAUGAAGAAAAUAAAGGAAAAGAAAGAAAGAUACAGGUACAAGUUGAUAAGAGAAUAACAUUAGCUCAAUUGAAGGAGGAGCUAGUUCCACUGAUUGGUGUACCACCUACUGGUUUUAUAGUGUAUGGAAUCAGUGGGUAUGAAAUGCAGGGACUGGGAGGGGCAUUAAAGUACAUGUAUAUUAGAUCUGGAUCAGAGUUGAUAAUAAGACUGGGUAGAGGAUUAGGAAGAGGAGAGGUCAUAAUUAAAUUAUAUUUAUUUCAAGUUAAUAAUACAGAGUUUUGUAAUUUUAUGAUGGAGUCUAUUGUUACUAAGGAUACAACAGUGAGAGAAUUUAAGAAACAAGUUAUUGAAGAAGCAAAAGUACAAGGAAUUGACUGUGUCCUUGAAUUAGACAAAAUGAGAUUACGUGACAAGAUUAGAGUGUCCCCUGGUAGACUAUAUUUUAAUCAUGAGUUGAUUGACAGUAGGGAAAUGUAUGUGGAACCAUUAAAAGGACCAGAGAAGAAGAGGCAUUAUGGACAGAUACAAGUGUAUGUUAUAAGAUGGCGUCCAUCACAAUGUUCAGUUGAUCCAAUAGAAGAAAUUAUACUGGAUAAGUAUGAUGAUCCUAAACAUGUUAUUGGAAAGCUGUCAGAGUUAAGUGAAGUUCCUGCUGAGUAUAUCUAUUGUACAGAGGGGCAAUCAUUUCCAGUUGACCGAUCAUGUCUUCAUAUUGAGAAUUAUUUAGACUGGUACUCCAUCAGUUCAGGCAGAUACUCAUUAGGACUAUACCACUCUGAUGGAUAUGUCAUAUAUUACAAAGACAAUAGAGAGAGAAUGAAAGAGUUAACAGAUGAAGAGAGAUCAGGAAUACAAGAGGCAGAGGAAGCAAGGUUGAAGAAGAUUGGGGAAUGCAAAUCAAAGCAUUAAUUAUUGACACGUAUGUAGAUUUGGUAAUACGACUGACCGACUGACUGGAUAUAGGUUUAAUUUCUAAGUGUCAUUUUAAUUUUAA